ACUUCUCUGCAGUACUUUUGGAGGGAACUUUAGUUGAACAUGUAAUUUUUGGAUCUAUUUCAAAAAAAAUGUCUGGAGAAGGUGUACUGCAGCCCGUGGACGUGAAUGUUAGUCUUUCGCCGCCCCGAAAACGUGCCAGAUUCGAUGAAGCAAGCACUGAACAUGAGACAAAAGGUAUCAAUUUCUGGAGCCUAACCAACAGAGAAGUAGUACUCCACGAAGUCUACGAUCACGGAAUAGGCCGCCUAGACUGCGACUCUGAAGAUUUAGUGAGCGAAAAUGACAGUAUAUUUACCCAUAAUGAAGAAGUUGGGGUGGAUGUAUCUUGUGCCUCCAUGACACCAGAUACUAGAGGCAAACAAUUGUCCAUUUUGUCGUCGUCACUGACCAAAGAAAGUUUGGAUAAAUUAUCAGUCAGUGAUUGGGAUAGGUUACAAACCAAUAAGCCAGUUAUUAGGACAAGCGAUAAGAAUAACUAUUUUGAUCUCUUAAGCGACGAAGUUAUUUUACAAAUCUUCAGGUGGUUACCUAAAAACUCCUUGAUUGAAGUAGGCUUGUGCUGUAGACGAUUCUACGGAUUAAGUCAAGAUGAAAGCUUAUGGACUCGGAUGGAUGUUUCUAAUAGAAUCUUAGAAGACGGUAAACUAGGAAUAAUUUUAAGCAAACAAGUUAUUGUUUUAAGACUGGCCCGAACACACAUUAUGCACAAGGCAAUUUUACCUGGCUGCAAAGCUUAUAAUCCAGACUUCAGAUCUCGUUUAUUAUACUUAGAUUUAAGUAUGUCAAACAUUUCUAUUGAAACUCUGAUAUUAUUAUUUUAUAAAUGUAGAAGACUGAAAAAAUUAAGCUUGGAAAAUGUACCUCUAAACGAUGAAGUAUUAAUAGCCUUAUCGGCCAGUAAGGAUAUUGAAGUUAUUAAUUUUUCCAUGUGCAGAGGAAUACAAGAGAAUGGUCUGAAACAUUUGCUCACCAAUUGUAGACAAAUUAGGGAGCUUAAUAUUGCUUGGACUUACCUAAGUAGUCAUAGUAUCAAGUAUGUUUGUGAAAAUGCACCCUCCACAAUGGACCGGAUUAAUUUUUCUGGAUGUAGAAAACUCAUGUCGGACCAGCAUGUUGCUAGUUUGGUAACGAGUUGUCCGGAAUUACGCGAAUUGGAUUUGUCCGAUUGUACUGCUAUAACAGGAGAAUCGGUUAGGCAAAUCACUGCCUUGGUGAAUUUAACCAUUGUGGCCUUAUCCAGAUGCUAUAUGAUUCCAUAUAAAGCGCUUAAGUAUUUGAAAAAAUUGUAUAAUUUAUCUUUUUUGGAUAUUCAUGGAGGCUACAUUGAUUUGGCUGAGCUGGCAGAGGUACAAGAAUACUUAGGGGCUUCAGUGGAGAUUAAUAAGUUUAAAUUCAGCUCAGUCGCAAGACCAACUGUGGGUCUGAAAAGAUCCAGCAUAUGGAAUAUGAGAGUCAGAGAUUAAAGUUGUGAAAAUUGUUUAACUCUCAGGUUGUUCUCUUGAAUGAAGCUCAGGUUCGUUUCAGUAUGAAUGAAACUCAUUUUUAUUGGUUGGAGAAUAAUUUAUUUCCAACUGGUUUAAGCCCAAUCAAAAUUUCUCUGGCUGUUUUGUGCAGAAACAUAGCUAAAGCCUUGGUUUCCGCAAAAGCGGCACUGUCAAAUAGUGAUCGUUAUAUUACGGCAAAUGACGUCACAAAAAUGUUUUCAAUGUUUUUCAUUGCAAGCGAUUUCUAAGACAGUGCCGCUUUCGAGGAAACUAGAGAUGUAAAUUUUUGUUACUUUUGAAUACUCGUUACUUUGAUAACUUGCAUAAGUAGGUUGGUAUAUCUUUGAAAUAGCUUGUUAUUCUUAAUAUCACCUAUCAUGCUCCAUCUUUAUUAAUCAUUAUAAGAAUUUUUUAAUUUAAUUUUCAAAAUAAUCCCAAGUGCAAAAAAACUAAAUAAACAAAACAUAUCCAAAAAUAUAAACAAAUAUCAGCAAAUCCAGGUAGUUAACCUAGAGGUCAUAAUUACAAUAUAAAAUACAAACAGGCUGUGCUUGACAAAUAUUUGAGAACGAUACGAAAUAGGAUAUGCUAUGCAAUUAUAGCGGUGAGUUAAGGGCCCCAUACACUACGAUGAAACACGACGGUUUUCACCGCCACGAUGAAACACGUCGUUCUAAAACCGAAGUGUGAUAUAGAAAAACACGACGGUUUAUCUACAGGGCCCCUCAGACUACGAUAAAACACGACGGUAUUCAUCGCCACGAUGAAACACGUCGUUCCAAAACCGAAGUGUGUGGUAGAAAACCGUCGUGUUUCAUGGUCGGUUUAAAAUUCAGUCCGAGCUUGAUUUUUGGCACGACGGUUCAACAUUUUGUACACACGAACGGUUUUCUACCACACACUUCGGUUUUGGAACGACGUGUUUCAUCGUGGCGGUGAAAACCGUCGUGUUUCAUCGUAGUGUAUGGGGCCCUGUAGAAAACCGUCGUGUUUUUCUAUUACACACUUCGGUUUUAGAACGACGUGUUUCAUCGUGGCGGUGAAAACCGUCGUGUUUCAUCGUAGUGUAUGGGGCCCUUUACAUAAUAUGUCGUGUUAUCAAAAUGUUAAAAUAUUCAAAGUAACGGAGUAACGAUAUAGUUCUUGGUUCGGUACUCGUUACUUUGGGUAUUGGGAAGUAACAAGUACAAAGUAACGGGUAGGUAGUUACUUUUUUGACAUAUUCUCUAGAGGAAACCAGGGCUUUAUAAUUAAAGGCUGUUUGUUGACUUAUAUAAUUUUAAGGGUAAAUUGCUUCCUGUGAGGUUUUUUUCUAAUGUUAAGUGGGCUGUGUGGGUAUUGACAGAAAAAUGUUGUUUUUCUUUUCUAGUAUUUUGCUGAUUUAAUUUAUUUAGUAUUUAAUAUUGUAUUAUAGAAUUUUGUAAUAUUUAUUUUGAGUUGAUAAUGUAGAUAAUAAAUUUAUAUGAGGGAAUGUUUUUUUGUUCAAUUUAUUAUAGGUUGGUAUCUUCAAUAUCUUAUUUAUUUGGCGGAAACAUGUCUAACAUGCGAGGUACAACAGCUAGAGACAUAUACAGUAGGGGGUGUAUAUCAAGAUAGUUGAUUUAUUUGACAUUUUGCUCACAUGGGGUUUUAAGUUGUGAUCCAGCUAAUACUUCCAUCAGUUUGUUCUUUAACAUUGGAUAAUAUGGUAUUAUUAUCAUUAUACGAAUUGACAAUAUGGUGAUCUUACGUUGUAAUAUAGAUUUGAAUUUUUUUCUUUAUCAAUGUUUAGUUUUUUGUGCAUAUUAU